AUGGCCACCAGCCCCCUCCCGGGGCCCAAUGAGAUCCUGCUGGCCUCCCCUGCCGGGGCCUACCCGGCGGACGGCCUGGGCCAGGGGCCCCCGGGCCGCGGCGGCGCGGGCAUCCCGGCCGUCCCGGCCGUCCCGGGCGGCCUGAAGCCCAACCAGGUGGGCCAGGUGAUCCUGUACGGCGUCCCCAUCGUGUCGCUGGUGAUCGACGGGCAGGAGCGGCUGUGCCUGGCGCAGAUCUCCAACACGCUGCUGAAGAGCUUCAGCUACAACGAGAUCCACAACCGUCGGGUGGCCCUGGGCAUCACGUGCGUGCAGUGCACCCCGGUGCAGCUGGAGAUCCUGCGGCGGGCCGGGGCCAUGCCCAUCUCGUCCCGCCGCUGCGGCAUGAUCACCAAGCGGGAGGCGGAGCGGCUGUGCAAGUCCUUCCUGGGCGAGAACCGGCCGCCCAAGCUGCCGGACAACUUCGCCUUCGACGUGUCGCACGAGUGCGCCUGGGGCUGCCGCGGCAGCUUCAUCCCGGCCCGCUACAACAGCUCGCGCGCCAAGUGCAUCAAGUGCGGCUACUGCAGCAUGUACUUCUCGCCCAACAAGUUCAUCUUCCACUCGCACCGCACGCCCGACGCCAAGUACACGCAGCCGGACGCCGCCAACUUCAACUCGUGGCGCCGCCACCUCAAGCUGACGGACAAGAGCCCGCAGGACGAGCUGGUCUUCGCCUGGGAGGACGUCAAGGCCAUGUUCAACGGGGGCAGCCGCAAGCGGGCCCUGCCGCCGCCGCCUCCGCCGCCUCCUCCUCCGCCUCCUCCGUCCGCCCCGUCGGUUUGCCACCCGCUGGGCACGGUGAGGGCGGCCGUGGCGGCGGCGGCGGCGGCGGCGGCGGCCGGCGGGACCCUCCUGGGGCCGCCCCUGCUGGGCCCCCCGCCCCCACCGGGCCCGCCUCCCCUGGCGGAGCUGCCCAAGCGGCCCCGCUUCGACGGCGACCACGACGACCCGGCCGCCCUGCCGGAGGCCGUCUCGGGGGCCGGCGGCGGCGGAGGGGGAGGUGGAGGGGGCACCGACGGCCCCUCCAAACCUCCCCGCAGCUACCCCGUCAUCCCCGUGCCCAGCAAGGGCGCCUUCGGCACCGUCCUGCACAAGUUCCCCGGCUGCGGGGGGCUGUUCCCGCACUCGUACGGCUUCGCCGCCGCCGCCGCCGCCUUCGGCCUGUGCCACAAGAAGGAGGACGUCGGGGCCGCCGUCGGGGCCGCCGUCGGGGCGGGCGGCGUCGGGGCGGGGGCGGGCCCCCCCAAAGCCGCCCUGUCGGGCCUCUUCUGGCCGGCCGGCCGCAAGGACGCCUUCUACCCGCCCUUCUGCAUGUUCUGGCCGCCGCGGCCCCCCGGGGGCCUGGCGGUGCCCACCUACCUGCAGCCCCCGCCGCCCUCCUCCGCCGCGGCCGCGGCCGCCGCCGCCGCCCUCAGCUGCGCCCUGGCCGACGGGCCCGCCCUGCUCCGCCAGGCCUUCCUGGAGCCGGCCGACGGCCCCGGGGGCCCCUCGACGGGCGCCGCGCCCGCCCCGCCCGCGGGGGCCCCCGCGGGGGGACGGCCGCUUCGAGCCGCCCGACGGCAGCGCCGCGCCCAGCCCGCAGCCCGACGGGGCCGGGGGGCCGGCGCCGCACCAUCCGCACCUCCUGGAGGCCCGCAAGGCGGCGGCGGCGGCGGCGGCGGCGGCCGCGGCAACCGGAGGGACCGGGGGCUACCACCACUCCAGCGCCUUCCGGCCGGCGGGACCCCCCGCUUUCUCCCAGGCCGGGGGCUGGGGGAGAAAGGAGGAGGCCCAGACCGGGCCCUGACUGCAGUGGGCUCCUUCCCCCUCGCCCUCGGCCCGUCCAGGCCGCCGCAGCCGGACCAGGACCAUCUGGGGGAUCCCAGCGCCCCGACUCUGCACCCUCCUCCUGCCCCCCUGAAAGGAGGAGGAGGAGGAGGAGGAGGAGGAGGAGGAGGAGGAGGAAGGGUUGGCAGUAGCUCCAGCAGCAGCAGCAGCGGCCGCAGCAGCCCCGGCAGCCCCGUCCACCAUCCAUCACUGGAGGACCAGCCCUCCUACAAAGAUAAUCAGAAAACUAAGGAAGGUAAUCAAGUAAUCUUACCUACAAAAGAAGACCACAGCUUUUCAGAUAAAAACAAGGAACAUAAUUUUUUCAUCUCAGACUCAGAAUCUUCAGGCGGAGAUUUCUGGAGAGAAAGAGCAGGCGAACACACACAAGAAACCAGUUCACCUCAUUCACUCAAAAAGGAUGUAGAAAAUAUGGGAAAAGAAGAACUUCAGAAGGUUUUGUUUGAACAAAUAGAUUUACGGAGACGACUAGAACAGGAAUUCCAAGUUUUAAAAGGAAAUGCAACUUUCCCAGUAUUCAAUAAUUUUCAGGAUCAAAUGAAACGGGAACUAGCCUACCGAGAAGAAAUGGUGCAGCAAUUACAAAUUAUCCCCUAUGCAGCAAGCUUGAUCAGGAAAGAAAAGCUUGGCACACAUCUUAGCAAAAGUUAAAAGGAGCACGGGACUAUCUGCAAUUGCCCUUUUGUAAGAUAUAACCUACCACUGAGCAAUCUGACCUGUAUAAAGACUGAAAAUUGAAAGGGCUCGGGAAUAAAAUACAAAUCAGGUUCAUAUGAACCCAAGGACAAAAGUGACCUCGAAGCAUCAUGGAUAGCCAUGUAAAAUAUAAUGUAGCAGCCAUGUAUUAGUGGGGGGAAAAACAAGAUCAGUAAAUGCUUGUCACAGAUAUGUUGGUGGAACCAAAGUUUGAGUUUUUGUGGUUUUGGAAGGACUGCUGAACUUCAUAGAGUGUGGAAUAUGCUUUUAAUCAAUUGUGCGGAUAAUCCAUGGGAGUGAUCCCUGGUCCCUUGGAUGCCGUGAACACGGAGAGCACCUAUGAGAUCAUCUUUUUGCUUUUGAAUAAGUGAUUCUUGGUGGAAAGGGACACAACACUUGUCCUAGGGGUUUGUCCUAAGGGUUGAAAUCAAAUUUUGAUGGAUAGGAGGGCAUCAGCCAUGCACUUACUGCUUUAAAAAGUGAAGUGGAUAGUCUUUCAAAUGGCUCCUUCACCUCUGGUACUUUGCCUGCUGUAUGAAUUACGAUUGUAUUCCUCUGGAAAUAUUUUACAAUUUAAU